AUGACAGCCUCCGUGCUCCUCCACCCCCGCUGGAUCGAGCCCACCGUCAUGUUUCUCUACGACAACGGCGGCGGCCUGGUGGCCGACGAGCUCAACAAGAACAUGGAAGGGGCGGCGGCGGCGGCGGCGGCGGCGGCAGCGGCGGCAGCGGCCGGAGCCGGGGGCGGGGGCUUCCCCCACCCGGCGGCUGCGGCCGCGGGGGGCAACUUUUCUGUGGCGGCGGCGGCCGCGGCGGCCGCGGCGGCCGCGGCCAACCAGUGCCGCAACCUGAUGGCGCACCCGGCGCCUCUGGCCCCCGGUGCCGCGGCCGCCUACAGCAGUGCGCCCGGGGAGGCGCCCCCGUCGGCCGCCGCCGCCGCCGCCGCCGCCGCCGCCGCUGCAGCAGCGGCAGCCGCGGCUUCGUCCUCGGGAGGGCCUGGCCCGGCGGGCCCAGCGGGCGCUGAGGCCGCCAAGCAGUGCAGUCCCUGCUCAGCGGCGGCGCAGAGCUCGUCGGGGCCCGCAGCGCUGCCCUAUGGCUAUUUCGGCAGCGGCUACUACCCAUGCGCUCGCAUGGGCCCGCACCCCAACGCUAUCAAGUCGUGCGCGCAGCCCGCCUCGGCCGCCGCCGCCGCCGCCUUCGCGGACAAGUACAUGGACACCGCCGGGCCCGCAGCGGAGGAGUUCAGCUCCCGCGCUAAGGAGUUCGCCUUCUACCACCAGGGCUACGCGCCCGGGCCUUACCACCACCAUCAGCCCGUGCCUGGCUACCUGGAUAUGCCGGUGGUGCCGGGCCUCGGGGGCCCCGGCGAGUCGCGCCACGAGCCCCUGGGUCUUCCCAUGGAAAGCUACCAGCCCUGGGCGCUGCCCAAUGGUUGGAACGGCCAAAUGUACUGCCCCAAAGAGCAGGCGCAGCCUCCCCACCUCUGGAAGUCCACUCUGCCCGACGUGGUCUCUCAUCCCUCAGACGCCAGCUCCUACAGGCGAGGGAGAAAGAAGCGCGUCCCUUACACCAAGGUGCAAUUAAAAGAACUCGAACGGGAAUACGCUACAAACAAAUUCAUCACCAAGGACAAACGGAGGCGGAUAUCAGCCACUACGAAUCUCUCCGAGCGGCAGGUUACAAUCUGGUUCCAGAACAGGAGGGUCAAAGAGAAAAAAGUUAUCAACAAACUGAAGACCACUAGUUAAUGGAUUAAAAGUGGAGUUAGAGGGCAACUUGAAGAAAUGCUUCAGAACUCGUUGCUUUGCCCAGAUAAUGAUUAUAAUGCUAAUAAUAAUUGAAGA